UCUUUGGCCAUGGGCCCGCGGAGCCGCCAGCGUCGGGCAGGAGCUGUCCAGAACACCAAUGACAGCAGCGCCCUGAGCAAGAGUUCCCUUGCCGCCCGCGGGUACGUGCGCGACGCCUUUGCCGCUUUGCUCGUUCCCGGAACCGCGCGCCGCGCGCCGCUCAUCCACCGCGGCUACUACGUCCGCGCACGCGCCGUGCGGCACUGCGUGCGCGCCUUCCUGGACCGGACGUGCGCGGCCCCCGACGCGCCCGCCGCCCAGAUCCUGUCCCUGGGCGCUGGUUCCGAUUCGCUGUAUUUUCGCCUCAAAACUGCGGGCCGCCUGACCAGAGCUGCAGUCUGGGAGGUAGAUUUUCCAGACGUCGCUCGGCGCAAAGCACAGACGGUUCGAGACACGCCGGAACUGUGUGCGUUAACCGGGCCAUGCCAGAGCGGGGACCCAGCUGAUUCAGCCCUGUGCUUUGAGAGCUUCGACUAUCGAAUCCUGGGCCUGGACUUGAGGCAAGUGCAGCGGUUGGAUCAGGCUCUGACCGCAGCGAGCUUUGACUUCGCUGCACCCACGCUGCUCCUGGCUGAGGCCGUGCUGACCUACCUUGAGCCGGAUCAUGCCGCGGUCCUCAUCACCUGGGCGGCACAGCGUUUUCCUAAUGCCCUUUUUGUGAUCUAUGAGCAGAUGAGGCCAUUUGACGCAUUUGGCCAAGUCAUGCAGCAGCAUUUUCAGCAGCUCAAUUCUCCCCUACAUGGCCUUGACCGCUUCCCCGACGUGGAGGCCCAGCAGCACCGCUUCCUUCAGGCUGGCUGGACUGCCUGCACUGCUAUGGACCUGAAUGAAUUCUAUCGUUGCUUUCUACCCGCGGAAGAACGCCAACGCAUGGAAAAUCUUGAACCUUUUGAUGAGUUUGAGGAGUGGCAUUUGAAGUGCUCCCACUACUUCAUUCUGGCCGCUUCUAGGGGAGACAUUUUUCCCCAAACUCUGGUGUUCCUAUCCUCAGAGGUGUUUCCUGGGGUAGAUCCUGCCCCACCUUCAGGGGUCUUCCCUGCCAGUUUAGUCACCAGUGACAGCCAGGGACCAAAUCUUAAGAGCUAUGGCCAUGCCUCUGUCCUUUUGCGCCCAGGCGUUAUUCUCAGUACUGGAGGAUUUGGAGAGGAGGAAGGGCGCCAUUGCCGGGUGAGCAGGUUUCACUUGCUCUCAAGAUCCUGUGAAUGGAAAAGCAACCACAUAAGUAAUUGGGGAACUGGGAAACAAUGGGAUGGACGCCUUUAUCACACUAUGACAAGACUAUCAGAUACUCAUGUGCUGGUUCUGGGGGGGAGACUGUCCCCAGUAACUCCAGCUUUGACAGUUCUCCAAAUUUGUCUUUCUAAGAGUGAGGACAAUAGCAAUGAAGACCUAAGUGUAACUGUAACAAACACUGGCCCAGAAGAUUUCACUUUGUCAUGUUGGCGGCAUUCAACAACAGAAGUGUCCUAUGAGAGUCAGAAAUACUUAUUUGUGUAUGGGGGUCGAAGUGUUGUAAAACCUGUACUAAGUGACUGGCAUUUCCUACAUGUGGGGACAAUGACUUGGGUCAGGAUCCCCGUGGAGGGGGAAGCACCUGAAGGCCGGCAUUCCCAUAGUGCCUGCAGUUGGCAAGGAGGAGCUCUUAUUGCUGGAGGUCUGGGUGCUUCUGAGGUGCCAUUGAGCUCUGUACUCUUUCUGAAACCAGUCUCUUGUGGAUUCCUCUGGGAAUCAAUAGUCAUUCGGCCUCCCAUUACGCCAAGGUACUCCCACACAGCUCAUGUGUUCAAUGGAAAUCUGCUGCUGGUUGGAGGGGUCUGGAUUCAUUCCUCCUCAGUUCCUGGAGUGACUGUUAUUAAUUUGACUACAGGGUUGAGCUCUGAGUAUCAGAUUGAUACAACAUGUGUGCCAUGGCCAUUAAUGUUACACAACCAUUCCAGUAUCCUUCUUCCUGAAGAGCAAGAACUCCUGCUCCUCGGAGGUGGUGGAAAUUGCUUUUCCUUUGGCACCUACUUCAACCCUCACCCAGUGACAUUAGACCUUUUUUCCUUAAGUGCUGGGCAACAAGGAAUGGACUUUUAAUAUGUUUAGUCCCUACUAAAGAAGACAAAGUUUCCGCAAAUAAGAGCUGACUCUGCCUAAAGAUGCUGCUGCUACCACUCCCCUCCCCCCAAACACUACUAUCUAAUAAGAAAGGUUGUUAAGAUAUAAUGACACUCUGAGAGAUAGUACCAAAAUUAAGCAUAAAUAGACCUAUCCAAAGAGAAUGGUUACACAGUGCUAGAGUGGGCAUUGAAGGCCUUUGGGUUCCUAUGUCUAAUUUAUUGGUUUUCCUUACAGUUUCUAAAUAAAUUUAUUCAUUGAAUUAUCA